UGCCAUUAAAAGAAAUUAGUACCAUUAGUUUUCCGCAACAUGGCGAGGGUUUUUAUGUUCCUGGUCGGGCUAUAAUAGGUAAAGUGUAUCGUAAUGAAAAAGGGAUAACUUAAAAAAGGCAGAAUAAUAAAAUGCAAAAAUGUUUAGAAUGCUACAACUGCCAAGAUCCCUUGAAUGUAUUCGAAAUACGGCUGUUUAUAGCGAAUGAUUUUCUUGCAUGCUUUAAUAAAAUAAUAAUUAUUUUUAAAUUAAGUGUUUCAGUUUUUCUUACUUUCCUUUCGCGAAUAAAUAAUCUCUAUUAUAAAAUAAUAUGUAAAUGUUUAGUUUCUACAAGUUCGCAGGGUGGGAAGAAUGCACCUUUUCAUAACUUCAAAAAUAAAUUGAAAAUUGCCAUAGAAAGAAAUAAAUUGAAUGUAUGCUUCUUCCAGUUUCAGAAAACAGAUUGAUAAAAUAAUAUUAAUAAUUAAUGUCGCUUUUAUCAGUAGGUACACACACGGCCUUAUUACUUACAAAGAAUAUUUAUAUUUGAGUAUUUGUUUGAUUUGAUAUUAAAUUAACAAGAAAUUGAAAAAUUAAAAUUUUAUACCAAUUCAUAGUUUCCUAUUAUUUUUAUUAAAAUCCAUGCCAUGAACCAUAGAGCAAUGAAUCUUAUCGACAAAAACGAAUUAUCGAUGGUGUCAUGCUCGGCACUGGCACGGUUCGAUUCUGUCAAGGAUUUUUUUUUGUUUUAUUGGCGCAAAAUUUCAAAUUGUCAUAGCAGUGUUUCAGAUAAAAGCAUAAAACUAAAUAUUUUAUAAAUUUUAGUGUGAAAACAUUCCCUAAAAUUAGAAUGAAGCCGUUUUUAUUCAUCGCGAUUAUAAUUUGUUUCAUCCAAAAAGCGAUCACUCUUAUACCUCCAAAGUUUCAAUGGAAACUAAUCGACUACGCAUGGGAGGGCGACUUCAAGGAUACGGCUCUGGCCAUGGGGGCGUAUAUUCCUGAAAAUAAUAUGCCUACAGGGCUGGCGAGGUGGAAGGACAAAUUAUUCAUUACCGUUCCUCGGUGGAAAAGAGGGGUUCCUUCCUCCCUCAACUACGUGUACCUGAACGGCAGCCAACAGGAGCCCCUGAUCCCGUAUCCGACGUGGCGCGACGCGUUCGUGACCGACGACGCGUGCCAUCCGUCCACCAACGCGACAGUCGUGUCCACCUUCCGCGUCCACAUCGACCGCUGCGACCGCUUGUGGGUCAUAGACAAUGGAGUCGCUGAUAUGUCCAACGCCGUCAGGCAGGUCUCGGACCCGGCGGUGCUGGUGUUUGACCUGAAGACCGACACACUGCUGCGCCGAUACGACCUCGGCCCAGACGUGCUCAAGGACUCUUCAGUUUUGAGCAGCAUCGUUGUGGAUAUCCCAGGCAAGCAUUGCGAUGACGCGUACGCUUACAUAACCGACAUGGGCUCAAACGCCCUCAUAGUGUACGGUUUGAAGGCACAUGAAGCGUGGCGCGUCGAAAACCACUACUUCCAUUUCGACCCGCACGCGGGGGUGUACAAAGUGGGAGGGGUCGACUUCUACUGGAGCGAUGGAGUGUCUUCAGCUGCUUUGUCCCACACUAAGAGCGAUGGCUACCGAGAUCUCUACCUGCACCCUACUUCUAGUACAAAACAAUUUAAAAUGUCCACCAAAUUGUUAAGACACAAGGAUGCUCCGAGAGAGGAUGUCUUCAACGGGGUUGAGAUCAUAGGAGACAGAGGCCCCAUGUCUCAAGCUUCCGCGUGCGAUUUCGACCAAAAAAAUAAUAUCCUAUUUUACACGCAGCUGUGCAAGAACGCAAUAGGGUGUUGGAACGUCGACAGGCCGUUUAUUCCAGAGAACACCCUGAUUCUCAUGAAGGAUUGCAACAUGCUGGAAUUCCCGAACGAUGUCAAGGUGGACCAAGAAGGAAACCUGUGGAUUCUGAGCGACAGGCAGUCGCGAUUCCUCUACGAUUCCAUGAACUUCAGCCAGGUCAACUUCAGAGUCCUCACUGCCCCGGUGACGUCACUCGUGCAGGGGACUCCUUGCGAAAGGAUGUCAAUGCUGGACCGGGCUCUCAGCGCAUUAAGCUUUAAGAAGGCAUCCAAGACCAAACCAGCACCGGACCUGAAACCUUUGAAGUCCAAUGACCCGAGGUCCGCGUCUUGUUGCUCACAGAUGAUGGACAAUAAAGAUAAUAAGGAAAUGGAGGCUGCUGAUGAGAAGACCGAUUCUUGCUGCUCUCAGGAAAACAAGGAUAACAAGGACGCUUAAUACGGGUUGCAGAGCUUAGGGCCUGUUCUCACCGCAAUCCAGUUUUACGGGACCCCAGUAAAGCAGAAUUCUACAAAACUGGACUGUUACGUGAACACACAAUGACAUGUCAAAUCUCAUAGUGUUAAAUUUGAACUGAUCGGUUUUUUGGGACAUUAUAAACACGAUGUUCCUGUAACCUUUAUUAUUAAAACACGGAUACUUCUAAACGGGAUAUCUCCGUGGGAACAAGCCCUUACUUAGCUAAUGAAGUUUUCCAUAGGCUCCAUAACUAUCUGUGUGUAGACUGCAAGCUUUGCAAACACUGGGAAAAUGCGUCAGCUACGUGAGCUAAGCGGUAUCCUUCCGUUUGGCCAAAUUUCACUUCGCAAACAACUUAUCGCCAAAGUUUCAUUUCCCAAAUGAA